CCGUCUAGCAAUAAACUCUUGACGCUGCUGUUUUAAGAUGAAGCUAGUCCUUCUUACAGUCGCCAUCUUGUUUGCUCCCUCUGAGGGGAAAAGCCGCAAAAGCCCACUAGAAUGCUUCUACUUCAACAGUGGGGCUUCAGCAGCCGCUGGUAAACGAGAUGUGUUCUGCCUCGAUCACGAUUUUUUGUUCGGCGGCGUGGCCGUCGGAAAACGAUUCUCUCCAAUUCCUGAACCACAAGAUGGAGUUCCACCACCUUAUCCACCCCCUCCACCUGCUGAAGGAGGUCUAGCUCCACCACCACCACCACCACCAACAUCCCAACCACCAGCAGCAAAACGUUCUCUAGACUGCCAAUACUACGAAGCAUCAGCUGCAGCAGGUAAACGCGACAUCUACUGCUACGAUACUGACGGUAUCGAUUACGGUUAUGCUGUGGCCACACGGUACUCGCCAUCGGAGUGAUCGAUCCUCUCCAAUCCACCACAACCUGAUCCACAAUGACAACCACACCCCACUUACCUCCUCUCCACUCCACCACAACCUGAUCCACAAUGACAUCCACGCCCCGCUUACCUCCUCUCCACUCCACCACAACCUGAUCCACAAUGACAACCACACCCCACUUACCUCCUCUCCACUCCACCACAACCUGAUCCACAAUAACAUCCACGCCCCGCUUACCUCCUGUCUGAAACUACCUCAUUCUAAACCACCAUGUUAUCUUUACCUGGUCUGAGGUUUAAAAUAUUAUGUUACAUUUUAUUUUACACGUGUAGUCAAAAUUCUGAA